AUGCAUCGACUCGUACAGUUAUCGGUCCGGACAUGGCUAGAGAUCCACCUCGAGCUGGCACGGUGGCAACAGAAGUCGCGAGCUAUCAUGGCACAGAUAUUUCCUAAUGGGAAGUAUGAAAGCUGGACUGAAUGCCAAAGGCUACUUCCGCAUGCGAAAGACGUAAUGAAGUCUAAUUAUGACAUAGAUGAUGAAGAUCAAUUGAAUGCCACCACUCUCUCAUCUAAUUGUGAGGGGUUUCUGGAUUGCCAAGGCGCUUAUGAAGAGGCAGAAUCGAUGCACCAAUGGGCGCUAGAAGUACGAGACAAGGUGCUUGGAUGCGAGCAUCCUGACACGCUCGCUAGUGUCAGUAAUCUUGGCUUAGUGCUUAACAGACAAGGGAGAUAUGAAGAGGCGGAAAGGGUGCAUCGACGGGCGUUAGAAGGGUAUGAGAAGGUGCUUAGGCGCGAUCAUCCUGACACGCUCACCAGCGUUAGUAACCUUGGGUAUGAGAAGGUACUUAGGCGCGAUCAUCCCGACACGCUCACCAGCGUUGGUAACCUUGGUUUGGUGCUUGACAGGCAAGGGAAAUAUGAAGAGGCGGAAGCAAUGCAUCGACGGGCAUUAGCAGGAUAUGGAGAGGUUUUUAGACGCGAGCAUCCCUUCACGCUUACCAGUUUUGAGCAUCUUAGGGCAGCACUCGAAGGCCAAGGGAAGUAUAUAAGAGGCAGAGGGGAUAAACCGACGGGCACUUAG